UUUCGCCUACUGAUGGAAGGGAAUCAAUUUGGAGAGGCACAGAAAGAGGGAAGGCAGAGUGGGGAGGAAACCUAGAUCCCAGUAUUUCAAAAUUCCAUUAGCAAAAGAAAAUCUCAACAAUGUUACUCGGUACUCAACAGUCUAUAAAGCUAUAAAGGCACUGUGAAGCGGUAUAUAAAUCUAAAGGGUAUUGCUAUGCAGAAACAUCAUCUGCGCGCGCAUUUUAUUGACGUCACCGUGGAGGCUUCAGGCACGCGUCGUCAUUACGUCACCUCCCUUUGUUCUGCCAUGUUUGGUGUGGGCCUGAGGCUUCCCUUUGGGUUUUUCAUUCUCAUCUGUUAUAGGCCGUUUCUCCUGACCAAUGAGAACCGACGACAAGGGCGGAAGUGAUUGAAAGAAAGUAAAUCGUAACGUGGUCGAGUCUAGGAAUCCAGGGAGAUCAUGUUGCGUCGGGAGGCUCGUCAGAGGCGGGAGUAUCUUUACCGCAAAGCUCAAGAAGAAAAACUCCGGACUCUUCAAGAAAAGAAAGAAAAAAUUAAAAAGGCUCUGGAUGAGAACUGCCUGAUUCCCACAGAACUUCGGAAAGAAGCCCUGGUCCUCCAGAAAGCACUGGAGUUUGAUGAUGGAGGGGCAGAAGGAGUGACGAGUCAUGUGGAUGACGAAUACCGCUGGGCUGGUGUGGAGGAUCCCCGUAUUAUGGUUACCACCUCCCGUGACCCCAGCUCUCGCCUCAAGAUGUUUGCCAAAGAAGUGAAGCUAGUUUUCCCUGGGGCCCAGCGAAUGAACCGAGGCAGGCAUGAGGUGGGUGCUUUGGUCCGUGCCUGUAAAGCCAAUGGGGUCACCGAUCUGCUGGUGGUGCAUGAGCAUAGAGGGGUGCCAGAUGGACUCAUAGUUAGCCACCUGCCUUUUGGCCCCACUGCCUACUUCACCCUCUGCAACGUGGUCAUGCGCCAUGAUAUCCCAGAUAUUGGCACCAUGUCAGAAGCCAACCCUCAUCUCAUCUUCCACAAUGUCACGUCUCGUCUUGGACAGAGGGUCACUAGCAUUCUCAAAUACUUGUUUCCAGUACCUAAAGAAGACAGUAAGCGGGUCAUCACCUUUGCUAACCAAGACGACUAUAUCUCCUUCAGGCACCAUGUUUACAAGAAGACUGACCAUCGGAACGUGGAGCUCUCUGAGGUUGGCCCAAGGUUUGAAAUGAAAUUAUAUAUGAUCAAACUGGGAACCUUGGAGCAAGAGAACACUGCUGACGUGGAGUGGCGCUGGCAUCCUUAUACCCACACAGCCAAGAAGAGAAAAUUCCUCAGUGUUGAGUAGCAGUGCCUCAAAACUGCCACUUCCUCAUCAAAGAAGCAGACUGUAUUUUGGACCUUACAUGAACUGGAUUUUUCAAGCUUGCUCCCAUAAAUACAUUUUUUUCCCUUUCUGCCUGUUCUAAGAGUGAUCAUCCUUUUGGUUCAUGUCAAAAUUUGUUUCUCGCCCAUUCUAGGACUUCCCCAUUCUGACAUGGAACUCGUGAUGCUUGUCUAGCAGAAAGGGGCUUUUGCACUUCCCUGUUCUGAUUGGGUUGGCCUUCCUGGUUAACUUGUGUAAAUUUUUAUUUAGCAGAAACGUACUGGGUAACAUUGGAGCUGGCUGUCCAGUUCUGAAAAAUGUCUAUGGGGCAUUGAUUUUGAAAGCUACAUUAGCAGCAAAGAAGACAGUCAAAUAGCAGUUGUUAAGACUCACAAUGAUGGUGGACAGACACGUUCACUGUAAUUUACUAUAGCAUUGCGUGACUAGUGCUUUCUCAACCCUCCAAUUGGUUUUUAUUACUUCAUGCCUGCAAUUUUUCUACAAUAACUUCUUCCCUCUUUUGGUGUCUAUGGUAGUAAGGUUACUUAAACAUAUAAAUAGGACUAAUAAAGAGAUUACAGAAUGGGG